CACGUCAUCUUUCGGAACUUCCUUGUACAAGCGACUGGCAUCUGGUAACCAUGACAACAUCAUCUACUCCCCGCUCAGUGUGUACAUGGCAUUGACCAUGACCCUGCUAGGCGCAGGAGGAGACACGGAGAAGGAACUGGCAAACGACACUGGCCGUGCAGCCUGGACAGAACGUUCACAGUGACCUCAACCCUCAUGACCUCCAUGACCACCAAUGACCCGGCUUCUAACCUCACUCUGCGCAUGGCCAAUGCCCUGUACUAUGAUGCGGCUAAUGUCAUGAUCUCAGACAGUUACUCGGCCAACAUGAAGCAGUACUACGGGGCGGGACUGAAGCCCUUCCAGAGACCCAACCCAGAGCAGGCCAUCAACACGUGGGUGGAGGAGGUGACAGAACACGCCAUCACCAACUUAUUGCAACCUGGUGCCAUCACACCUGAUACCGUACUCAUUCUUCUAAACGCUGUGUUCUUCCAGGCAACAUGGAGUUCUCAAUUUGACCCCAUCCACACCUGGAAUGCCGACUUCACCACAAUUUCAGCUGCCAUCAAGCAGGUGCCUUUGAUGUACCAGCAGGAGGAUUUCUCAGUGAAGAGCUUUUCAGAACUGGACGCCCGCGUUCUGGAACUGCCUUACAAGGGAGGCGACUACAGCUUUUUCAUCCUAUUGCCCAACACCAGAAACGGUUUGGAGAAUCUGGAGAGUAAGCUGACUGGACAGAUACUGGAAAGUGCGCUAACAUCAAUGCCACCGGCACAACUCUACAAAGUGUACCUGCCCAAAGUUCACUCUGCGCAUGAAUAAAGAACUGAACCAGCCGUUGGAGUCACUGGGUCUUAAUAUCGUAUUUGACCCCGCAAGGGCCAACUUCUCUGGCAUGGUGCGUGAUGCAGCUGGACCGACAUUGUCUGUCAACGAGAUCAUUCACGAAGCAAUGAUCGAGGUGGCGGAAAUCGGAACUAAAGCGGCUGCU